AUGAUCCUUCUUAUAGACUCAUAUGAUUCGUUCACAAACAAUCUAGCACAAUUAAUCAAAGAUACAACCAAUCAGGAAGUAAUUAUUGUACACAAUGACGCUUUUCAACCUCACGAAUACGAAUCUUUCUACACACAGAUCAAACAGCAUUUCCAGUAUAUAGUGAUAGGACCGGGUCCUGGGCAUCCAGCCAAUGCAGAAGAUGUGGGAAUAAUUGGAUGGCUUCUUCAUAGAAUCGCGGAGGACAGCAUCAGUGUUCCAGUUUUGGGCAUAUGUUUAGGCUUUCAAAGUAUAUGUCAUGAGUUUGGAAAUAGAGUUGACAGGUUGACAGAAGUCAAACACGGUCAAAUUUAUGAUAUUCACCCCAUUGGGGAGAACAAACUAUUGUUGGGAUUGAGCAGAUUCCCCAGUGUUAGAUACCAUUCCUUAUAUGUGGAUUUGAAGACGUUGAACGAAGAAAUUGAGCCCUUAGCAUUUUGUUUAGAGGAGAAUAAAACAGGACUCGAUGAUGGCGAAAUAUUGAUGGCGGUGAAACAUCGAAAACACCCUUUUUAUGGUGUGCAAUAUCAUCCGGAAUCUAUUUGCUCAGAAAGUGGGAGACAAUUGAUUGUCAACUUUACAGAAAUUGCCAACGAAGUUAAUUCAAUUUACAGGGAAAGCUUGGCUGGGCGGCAGAAUAACUACUUUGAAGGUCUAAGAGGUCAUGAGGUGCAUGAGACGAGUUUAGUAGAGGGUAGCAAAUUGCCCUUCCAACUAGAUAAAAUCACGUUUGAAGAAAUUCAUUUGCCAGAAAGCAUAACUGCAAUUGAUGUUUGUGACCAUUUUUAUCAAAAGAGCGGUACAGCAGAUUUUGUUUUGUUGAAUUCUGCAUCUAUCCCAGGGGAAUGGUCAAUAAUUGGGUUCCCCAUUCCUGGGGAAAGUGAGGUCAUCACUCACUCUGUUGAUAAUAUGGACCAAAUUGUGUUGUCUAAAUACAAGCUGAAUGGAAAAGAGAUUGUCGAUGUUCAUGGGCAUGAUGGCGCUUGGAGGUAUAUUGCAAACGCGAUGCACGAUCGGUUCAUUUCUAGAGAUGAGAUCAAAUCAAAAGUCCAGAAUUAUCCUCAAAGAGAAGUCCCAUUCUUUGCUGGUUAUAUGGGACUUAUUUCGUAUGAGGAGGGACAGCACUUGGUAUUUGACAAAAUCAAACCUCUUUGCGAGAGUACUCCAGAUCUCAAACUCGUGUUCAUCCAGCGGUCUUUAAUAUUUGACCACGUUACCAAGGAGUGGUUCAUUAUCUCGAUCAACGAUUGGUCAAAUUGGACGUCUGAUAUAACUCAUGAAUUGUCCAAUGUGAAGCCUAUGGAUCUUGACAAGAUUGCCCUCAGUGUGAAAGAUCUUGCGUUGGAGGAAGAUGUGGAUUCCAUUAAAUUCGAAUUGCCAUCCCAAGACUUUUAUAGGAAGCAAUUUGCCAAGUGUCAGGAGUAUCUCCAUUCGGGUGACUCGUACGAAUUGUGCUUAACAACCCAGCUGAAGAUAUACCUCCCUUCGUAUAUCAACGCUUGGGAUAUUUAUAAGGUCCUCACACUUCGCAAGAAUCCAUCCCCUUUUUCGUGUUUUAUGGACUUUGAUGAUUGCUGUCUACUCUCAUCCUCGCCAGAAAGAUUUGUUUCUUGGAAAGAUAAAGGCAAAGACAAGAUGGUAGAGCUAAGACCAAUUAAGGGAACUGUUCGAAAUACCCCUGAUGUGGAUAUUGCCAAAGCAACUGAAAUUCUCAAAACGCCAAAAGAGAUGGGAGAAAACUUGAUGAUUGUGGACUUGAUUCGGCAUGACUUAUAUCAGUUUACAGAGAAUGUGAAAGUGACGCAGUUGAUGACGGUUGAGGAAUAUAAAACUGUGUUUCAAUUGGUGAGCGUAAUUCAGGGGAUUCUUGAUAAACGGAGAGGAUAUUACGGAAUCGAUAUUCUCCAUAGAUCCUUACCACCUGGCUCCAUGACUGGUGCUCCAAAAAAGCGAUCAGUGCAAUUGUUGCAGGACAUUGAAAACUUGCAAAAUGGAUGCAGAGGUAGAAGGGGUAUUUAUAGUGGUGUUGUGGGAUAUUGGUCAGUAACAGAUGAUUCAGAUUGGAGUGUUGUUAUCAGAUCUGUUUUCCAUUAUAAACAAGAUUUUGAGAAUACAAAGGAGACCAAUGUUUGGCGCAUAGGUGCUGGGGGUGCCAUAACUGUUUUGAGUGACGUGGAUGGCGAAUGGGAUGAAAUGAACUUGAAGUUGGCCAGUGCCUUACUGGCAUUUAAAUAG